UGCAUCUGGUACACCAGAGUGCGACCCUUAACCUGCCCCCCUGCAGCACCCUGCCCACUUGUAGAUGUAAGAAAUACUACAGAUGUUAGAAAUACCACAUCACACAAAUGUGUUACAUCAGCAACGAGAUUCAUGAGUUAGGAUAACUGGGACAGUUCAUACAGUAGCGGGCGGCUCCUUAAUGUAUUCAUAGAGGCGCUGUAUGCUGUCUUGGAUUGGUUUCAUAAAUACAGUGUGCUCUAAAUAACCACAGCUUAUUAUAGCCCGGGUUAAAAGUAGGGUUUUGUUUGCAUGUGUGAGCAAAACAUAUCAUCUGCUCCCGUCCACAAACAGGUAGCUGUAUAUAAAGACUGACGUUUCUGUCAACCAAGGGACAGAGAAAAUAAAUAACAACCCCUCCAAGGAGAAGAGCAGGAGGAUCCCAGACCAUUAAUUACAGCACGACCAAAAAACACACUGAGCCGCUUCUUGUUUUUCUUGAAGUGAUAGAUAUUGUCCUGCUUACCCAUGUGGAAUAUCUCAAGGGGUGAGAAAGCUGACUGCUCAGAAAAGUUUAGUCCAUACACCACACAGUAAACCACAGUGCAAUGGACCUUGGCUCUGACUAGAAUGCGUGACCUCCCAGGAACCUUUCACGGUGCUGCUUUUUAAUUGGAGGAACACUGAAGACAGCAGUGGCUGCACUUUUUAAGGGGAGCGUCGACAACAGGGGCUCGUGAAGGCAGAGCAAGCAGUGUGAGAGGGGGUGAAGCACACCAGGGUUUCAGGAUAGCCUCUGAACCAAGCCGUCCACCUUUGUUUUUGUGUUGGUUUAGAUUUAAUUUUUAAACCAAGACCUUCUGGGACCAUGGAGAUGGAGAUGCUGGGGAAUCCGAAGGCAAAGCCUGUCAAGUCAUCCAGCAAGAUACUUAAAGCAGCGCUUGCUGUCUUCAUAAGUGCUACUCUUGUCCUUGGAAUUGUAGUGCUGUUAGCUAUUCGAGGUCUCAUAAACUUCCAUUGUCAAGAAUACUGUCUGACACAAGAAUGCAUUGAAGCAGCUGGCUCCAUUAUUAAUAAAAUGGACACGUCCGUACCACCCUGUGAAGAUUUCUUCCAGUAUGCCUGCGGAGGAUGGCUGAAGGAGAACCCAAUCCCAGAAGACUCCUCCAGCUAUGGCAUUUACCCGUGGCUGCGACAUAAUGUGGACCUCAAGCUGAAAGAAUUGCUGGAGAAACCUACAGACACAGUAAAGGACAUUGAAGCAAUACAGAAGGCAAAGGUCCUGUAUCGCUCCUGUAUGAAUGAAACUGCCAUUGAGAUAGAGGACGCCAAGCCCCUGAUGAAGUUGCUGAAGUACCCCUCCCUCCGCUGGCCUGUGCUGGGAAACAGCCACGGCUCCCAGUGGGCUUGGGAGGAGCACAAGUUCAGCCUGGUGCAGACGCUGGCUCAGCUGCGCGGCCAGUACAGCGGCUCUGUGCUGCUCCGCAUGUACGUGUCCACUGACGACCAGAACUCCAACCAGUACAUCAUCAAGCUGGACCAAGCGCCUUUAGCUCUGUCAUCCAGGGAGGAUUACCUUGAUAACAGCACAGAGGCUGAAGCAUACAGGGAUGCCCUUUUGAAGCUGAUGAUUGACUCGGCGGUCCUGUUGGGAGCCAAUUCCUCCGAGGCGGAGACACAGAUGAAGGAAGUGCUGCAGCUGGAGACGAGGCUGGCUGAGAUCUUGAUUCCAUUUGAAAACAGAACCACCGAGGCGAUGUACAAUAAGUACAGCUUAUCUCGACUGCAGAGAACGGUGCCACAGUUUGACUGGCUGGGGUACAUCAAAGCAGUGACAGACACCAAACUGUAUCCAGAACUGAAAUCUCUAAAUGCAUCAGAGCACGUGAUUGUACGAGCCCCCCAGUACUUCAAGGACCUCUUCAAGCUUCUAGAGACAACGGAGAAGAGGACGAUCGCUAACUACCUCGUCUGGUCGCUCGUUUACACCCGGAUGAGCAGCCUCAGCCGCCGCUUCCUCUACAGGUUUCAGGAUUUUUCACGGGUGACUACUGGCACCACCUCCUUGACUCCCCGCUGGGAUAAGUGUGUGAACUAUGUUGAGAACACCCUGGCCUACGCCUCGGGGAGGAUGUUUGUGGACCAGCACUUCCAGGAGGAUAAGAAACACAUGAUGGAGGAGCUGAUUGAAGGAAUCCGAUGGGCUUUUAUAGACAUGCUGGACAAGGAGAAUGACUGGAUGGAUGAAGAAACGAAAAGCAAAGCAAAAGACAAGGCUCAUGCAGUCCUUGGAAAAGUAGGAUAUCCUGAUUUUAUUAUGAAUGACACCUACGUGAAUGAAGACAUUAAACAGCUGAGUUUCUCUGAGAAGGAUUACUUUGGGAAUGUUCUGCAAACCCUUCGAUUCAAAGCGCAGUCUGAUUUUGGCUGGCUUCGCACAAAAGUCCCCAGGACACAGUGGUUUACCAAUCCCACCACUGUCAAUGCUUUCUACAGCUCUUCGACCAAUCAGAUUAGGUUUCCAGCUGGAGAACUUCAGAAGCCUUUCUUUUGGGGAAUGCAAUACCCUCGGUCCUUAAGCUACGGUGCUAUCGGAGUGAUCGUUGGACAUGAGCUCACACAUGGGUUUGAUAACAAUGGUCGGAAAUAUGACAAGGAUGGAAACUUGCAUCAGUGGUGGACCAACACAUCCAUUGCAAACUUCAACCAGAAGACCCAGUGCAUGAUCAACCAGUACAACACUUACCACUGGAAGGAAGCUGGCUUGAAUGUAAAAGGGAAGAGAACACUGGGAGAGAACAUUGCAGAUAAUGGAGGGAUCAGGGAAGCUUUCAGGGCCUACAGGAAAUGGAUUGAUGAGGAGAGAUCAGGGAAAGAUGAGCCUCUCCUGCCUGGGAUUGGAUUAACAAAUAACCAGCUCUUCUUCCUCAGCUUUGCACAUGUGAGGUGUAAUGCCUACCGACCAGAAGCUGCAAGAGACCAGAUUCAGAGUGGAGCUCAUAGUCCUCCUCAGUUCAGGGUUAUUGGUGCAAUGAGCAACUUUGAAGGGUUCAGAAAAGCCUAUAACUGUCCAGAUAGUUCGACCAUGAACCGCGGCUCAGAAUCGUGUCGCGUCUGGUAGCGCUAACUGCGACUGUCUUACACCACCAAUGCAAAUCAAAACGAGAGAGGGAGUUACGAUUCACUGCCAAAAAAAAAACCCAAAACAUUCACAACUAAUUUACAACAAGCCUAUGCUUUAAGACAGUUUGUAGAGUGAUGUGAGCUAUAUUGUUCUGCAAUCAGGAAUGAUGUGUCGUGUUUCUUAAACAGAAGCACAGACUGCAGUCUGAGGGGCAAGGUGGAAUGAAUAAUUGAGCUACAGCAAAUGCAUUCCAAAAGAACUUUCAAACGCUGUGAUUCCGUGCUGUGACAGUCACUUCCCUGUGUCACUGUGUGCUGGAAUAGGCGUCUGCAUUCCAUUGCGUGUUCUUUGAAAUGCAAAACAUCGCAACUAUGUUUCCAGGCCCUCUCUCUACGUCGUACAUUGGAUUUCUCAGAUACCCCACUGACUAACAUAUUUGCUUGUCAUUUGAUUUUUUUUUUUUUGGUUCUCAACCAAAUCUGGAGUGGGCUUUUUGCAAUAAAAUGCUAAACCGCGUCAUUCUGUUCCAGAGAGAGCUACAUAAGCAAUAAGAAGAAUAAGCCAGGAGAGCUGUGUAACUGGUAUAAGCCAGGAGCCCUGUUCCCCAGUCUGUUUGUAAAUGUGGGGUAACUUUGAGGUUCUCCAGUACUGCAAACAAGAGCAUCACUCUUAUCAUCAGGGUUGUCCUAAAUUGGGCUUUCCUCUCCUGGUCUUUGUUCCAACCCUGUACUAAAUUGUGUAAUUGAACCGAUUGAACCUCCGUCCAGACUCUGAAGUAGUUCUGCUAUUGUAACCUGUUAAACCUGGGGUGGACCAGCCCUCCAGGACCGUGAUUACACACCCCUGAGUUACAUAUUUAAAAAAAACCUGAAUACUAAAUCUUUAUAUCGAAGACCACUGUGUUUGUUAACAGCUAUCUUACCAUCUACACUUUCUAGUCUGAACGAGACAUCAAGAACAUGCUGAGACACACCAAGUAGUUACUUUGAUCUACUUGGAGCAAAUCAUUCAGUGAAGCUUGGCAUUACAGUGAUUACAUAACAGCAGGGUUAACCUCCCUGACUCAACCAGACGAGGUUCUCGCUUCAGUGGUGACUCACCCGAUAGUGUACAAUAAAUGGAACGAAAGCCUGUUGGCAGUCCAGCUGAUAGAUUGUAGGAAACUCAAGUCUGUUCAUAUGACCCAGCACAGUACUGUAAGGAAGAGUUUUAUACUGAGCUAUUGAACAGGGUCUGCAGUCCUGGCAUGCCAUGCCAUUGGUGAGAGCUUUAAAAUGGAAACAGUCCUCAACAAUAUGUUUUCUUUGUCUGUGUAAUAUACUGUAUCUAGAUAUAUUUAGGUGAUUUCUUGCUUUAUUUGUCAUUGUUUAAAAAAACUCAGGGUUUCAGGGAUUUUUUUUUUUUUUUUUUUUUUUUGGUUUUGCAGCACUUUGCUUUUGAUUUUAUAACAUAUAUACUCCAUAUCCUGAAUUAGAAAAAACAAAAUCUACAAUGGAUUGCAUAGCUGUAUGUGCUAAGACUGCAGUUGCAAAUUAUUUAUCCUAAAUGUAUUAUUAAACUUCAGUUGCAAAAUAAAUAUUCUAUCGAAUAAAACUGUGCUGU